CGGGAGCCGGGCUGGGGCCAUGUCGUUUGUUGUGGAUUCGGUUAUCAUGUUCUCGUCGCAGGUCGGUGUGGCCGGAGGCCGGACUCUCACCCCUGGCCGGGCGAGGGACGGUCUUGUUUUUUGGAUUCGGAUGGCUUUUCUUCAUGCGGCAGUUAUUCAAGGAUUAUGAGGUGCGACAGUAUGUUGUCCAAAUAGUUUUCUCUGUGAUGUUUGCUUUCUCCUGUACUAUGUUUGAACUCAUCAUCUUUGAGAUUCUGGGUCUUCUAAACAGCAGCUCAAGGUAUUUUCAUUGGAAGUUGAAUCUAUAUGUCACCCUUGUGGCACUUAUUUUUAUCGUCCCUUUCUACAUUGGCUAUUUUGUGGUCAGCAACAUUCGACUUUUACAGAGAAAGAGAUUCCUAUUUGCAUGUGUCAUUUGGUUGGCAUUCAUAUACUUUUUCUGGAAGAUUGGAGAUCCUUUUCCCAUCCUAAGCCCAAAACAUGGUAUUCUAUCAAUCGAACAACUGAUCAGCAGAGUUGGGGUCAUUGGUGUCACGCUAAUGGCACUGCUAUCAGGCUUUGGUGCAGUCAAUUGCCCGUAUACCUACAUGUCAUACUUUCUGAGAAAUGUGACUGACAGUGACAUACUUGCACUGGAGAGACGGUUACUGCAGACGAUGGACAUGAUCGUCAGCAAGAAGAAGAGAAUUGCAAUGACCAGGAGGAUGAUGUAUCAACGUGGAGAGGUGCAGAAUAAACCUGCAGGAUUUUGGGGAAUGAUUAAAAGUGUGACAUCAUCAUCUUCCAACAGUGAAAAUCUUUCACUUAUCCAGCAAGAAGUGGAUGCACUGGAGGAACUGAGUCGACAGUUGUUUCUCGAAACAGUUGACCUUCACGCGACUAAGGAAAGAAUUGAAUACUCAAAAACAUUUCAAGGGAAAUAUUUCAAUUUCUUGGGUUACUUUUUCUCCAUAUACUGCGUCUGGAAAAUCUUCAUGGCAACCAUAAAUAUUGUCUUCGAUCGAGUUGGUAAAACUGACCCAGUCACUCGCGGUAUAGAGAUCACAGUGAACUAUUUGGGCAUUCAGUUUGAUGUGAAGUUUUGGUCUCAACAUAUUUCCUUUAUACUUGUGGGAAUCAUUAUUGUCACUUCCAUUCGGGGCUUGUUGAUAACGCUCACCAAGUUCUUCUAUGCAAUCUCCAGCAAUAAAUCAUCCAAUGUUAUAGUACUGGUCCUUGCACAGAUUAUGGGGAUGUAUUUUGUGUCAUCGGUGUUGCUGAUGAGAAUGAGCAUGCCCCUUGAGUAUCGCACUAUUGUCACUGAGGUCCUGGGAGAGCUGCAGUUUAAUUUCUACCAUCGCUGGUUUGAUGUCAUCUUCUUAGUCAGUGCGCUGUCCAGUAUCGUCUUCCUUUACCUGGCACACAAACAAGCUCCAGAGAAACACAUGAGCUUCUAAAACCACUGCCGAUCCAGGCACUCAGCUUCUGUGUUCACAUCCACGCUACAAACCACUGGACCAUAGAGUUCUGUCAAAUCCACCACUUGUAUAUCAAGAAGGCUUGAGAAAGGACAGUAUGCAGACAAGCCCACUUGGGGAUGACAAUACCUGGAUAGUUGGUGGUUUGAUGUAAAUGAAAUGAAAAGAUUUAACUUAUAGGAGGCUUCGUUUGGAUAAAUAUCAGAAGCAAAAUCACUGCUAAAGUUUACAAUUAUUUUUGAAUUGAAAUCAUACACAAUAAGUCAGUUUUUUGAAAACUGUCAUUGAUGUUGGAAUUUUGUUUUCGUAAGUACUGUAAAAAAAAAAAUAACUUUUAAGAGAGACAUUUUCCAUUUGUUGGAAGAAAAGCUACAGAAGUGCACCUGCAGUUCCCAAGAGUGUGCUGCCAGUAAGUAAGGCUGCAGCUUGGGAGUGUGCAUUUAUAAAAAUUAACCCUUAAUUCCCAUCAGCAGAUAACCUCAAAGCCUUAGGAACUUUGCAUAGGAAUUUGAUUGACCUCCUACUUUGUAAACAUUUCGGAAAGAUCUUUUCCUUUCAGUGAACGGAAAGGUGCAUUUUAAUGAGACAUAGCUUGCCACCACUGACCUUGCAAUGUAUUUUAGAGAAUUGUUGAAGUGGUGACCCCAGCAACAUUGGCACUUCUCUAGGUAGCCUCUCAGGCUUCUGAUAUGUGGAGUGUGUCAUCCAGGGUAUGCUUCAAAUUCUUUCAGUAAAAGAAAUUGUGUGUCGAUCAUGACUUUCCGAUUGUUCUCACAGAAGCAUCAUAAGCACUAGGUGGAAGCAUCAUCUAUGUGUGCAUUGUAUGUCAUCUGAGUCUACCUCAAGUGUGUCUGUAUUCUUUGGAAGAUCUAAAAGGGUCCUGUUUUAUAGUGUCUGAUUUCUCCAGGUUCUUUAUUACCCUGACUUCAGUGUUUCUGUUGUGAUGGUGCUGCUGUGUUUUCCUGAAAAACUUAAUGUGUCCAAUAAAUUAAAUAUUCCUUAUGCAAAGAAAA